AUGAUCAGAUCACCGAUACACAAGCAGGAGCUUACAAGAAUCCAAAAAAUCAGUGGCUAUCAGGUAGAUCUUACACGUACCUUCACGUUCCGUAACUCCAAGCAAACCUAUACAGGCAUCCCCAUAAUCGUAGCAAAUAUGGACACUGUGGGCACUUUUGAAAUGGCACAAGUUAUGACUAAAUACACAAUGUUUACUGCAAUACACAAGCAUUACUCUCUAGAACAAUGGAAGCUGUUUGCAAGUGAUCACCCAGAAUGCCUAGAGCAUGUAGCAGUGAGUUCAGGCAGUGGGAUGGCAGACUUUGAGAAGCUGAUAAACAUCAUUGAGGCCAUUCCCCUUAUCAAAUACAUCUGCCUGGAUGUGGCCAAUGGUUAUUCAGAACACUUUGUGGAAUUUGUGAAAGCUGUCCAUGUCCGGUUCCCAAAGCACACCAUCAUGGCAGGAAAUGUGGUAACAGGAGAGAUGGUGGAAGAACUUCUUCUGUCUGGAGCAGACAUUAUUAAAGUAGGAAUUGGACCAGGUAAGCUGGUUAAAAGUGUAUAUGCUCAAAUUACUCGCUUAUUCAUUUAUGUCAGGAGUAUUUUCUUUGUAUUCUUACUGCCUAUAACAGUGCUCUUGUCUCCAUCCUUUAUUCAGGAUGGAGGAUGCAGCUAUCCAGGUGAUGUGGCCAAAGCUUUUGGAGCUGGUGCUGAUUUUGUGAUGCUGGGAGGCAUGUUUGCAGGACAUGAUCAAUGUGCUGGAGAGGUUAUAGAAAAAAACGGUAAAAAAAUGAAGCUUUUCUAUGGGAUGAGCUCUGACACUGCUAUGAAGAAGCACGCAGGUGGUGUUGCAGAAUACAGAGCUUCAGAGGGCAAAACAGUGGAAGUACCCUACAGAGGAGAUGUAGAAAAUACCAUCCGUGACAUCCUGGGUGGUCUCCGUUCUACUUGUACCUACGUGGGAGCUGCCAAACUCAAAGAGCUUAGUCGAAGGACAACUUUUAUUCGGGUAACUCAGCAGCACAGCCAACUCUUUUCUUAGCCAAAGAAGAAAACACUGGGUCUUUGGAGAUGUGAAAUUUGCUAAGUUCUCUUUCUCCUCCACCUUUUCUUUUUUAUUUUGCAGGAAGGGGAGGCGAUUAAAUAGCUUCCUGCUGACAUAUUCCAAGCUAGGAAAGAAGCAGGUUGCUUAAUACCAUUGAUUAUUGUAGUGGUGUGGGCCUGAUGAGGACAAGCCAUAAACUGCCUCUGUAUCCAUGAUUAUACUUUUGUUCAGAAUUCAGUGGUAUUAUUUUUAUAUCCCUGCCUAUGUAAAUAAGAAAUCUAGUUUGAUCUUUAAGUACGACCCAUCAUAAGGACCUAGAUCUCCAUUCAUAAAGUAUUUGUUGGAUCAGCCCUAUUACCAGUAUAAGCAAAGCCAUUCAGGGUUUUAUAUUCAAAGUUUCAACUACUCCUGCAAUGUGUGGUGAAAAGUCAGAAGAACAGGAGAGCAACUCUGAGGCCCAGAAAACCCUCACUGCAUGGAUACUGCCCCAGCAUGCCAGCCUUGGAAUAGCACUUACAGAAUGAAAAAAUGCUGUUUUAUUUUCACAGAGGCAUCAAGUGCUCAAUUUUUAAUGUGUGUUGAUUGUACUUAAAAUGGUUCUUAAAAUGGUUGAUGAAAUAGUUAGACUCAAUUUAUUGUAAUGCUUUGUUAGGGAAUAGGUUUCAACAUUGCAAAUGGAGAUGCCCUUUCUGUUCAUUCAUAUCAUUUUAAAGAAGAAACAUUUAAACUAAUGAUGGUGGCUAUCUUUCUUAAAUUCCUUUGGGUGAAGACAAAGAAGGCACUACAGCUUCACAUCUGAGCCUACUGUGCAGAGCCAAAUUAAAAAAACCAUUCAUCAAAAAAAGAUCAAGUGUUUUCUAAAACUACGAAACAGAUGUAGAGAUGUUUCUAUGUAAUUGAGCAGUCUCAAAUACAGAUUGAUUAGCUCCAGUCAAACCCAAUUCAUAAGCAUUGGGCAGGAAAAUCAGGUUUAACUUUCACCAGGCCCCCGUGUCCAGCCCUUUUACUUUCUUGUGUACAUAACAUGUAUCACUGCAUUCAUUUCUAUUAAAGAAGAUUCAACAUCUGCUGUUAUGAAAUUGUUGAAGUAGGGUCAAGACUGACCUCCUCUCUUGUCAGAGAGGAUGGGGUGGGGGUGGGGGUUUAAUUACUUCCUGUGAGUCACUGCAAACCAGCAACCUUCUUUAGAAACAUCAAUUUUAAUUUUAAUCAGAUAGAAUAUGUGGGCAUAGCAGGGAGGCAAGAGAUAUAUGGCAAGGGAGCAAUUGAGUAUAGUAAGGAACAAUCCCCCUGUCAUUUACUGAUUAUUUUACAUAGACAGAUGAUCUAGCUAAGAAAUAGGCAAAUUAUC